AUGGACCGAGCCAGCCAGGUGCUGGCGCAAGCCCGUCUAGACGUGCCUAUGACAUACGCUGCUCUAGCAGACCGGGGCGGUGAAAAGGCCCAAAGCCAGCAAUACCUGACCCCAGACGAAGAGAAAGCUGUUAUUAAAUUCUUAUUACUAAUGUCUAAUCUUGGGCAACUAGUGCGCAUUAAGUAUAUACCUUCGCUAGCCUUUUAUGUCGCCCGCAACCAAUUAACAAAUAAACCAAUCAAGCCUCCAGGCAAGAACUGGCCUCGGGGCUUUGAGAAACGCUAUCUAGAACUUAAAGCUAAAACCGUCAAGGCAAUUAACUGGAAGCGACAUGGGAAUAACAUAUAUGAUAAGAUU